GUUCUCUUCACGCCGUUUUACAUCGAGCGACAUAGUGUUUCAUUUAUGCAUUAAGUCAAUUACAUCACAGCGCAGGUGGUCUGUGAAAUUUACGUAUGUAUGUACGUUGACAUUUUUCAGUGAAACAAGAGAAAGAAACUAUAAACAGAUGUUAACAAUACGUCGCUGAAACGAGUUGACGUUCCACUCUGAACGAUGAAACGAAUAUUUCCAUGGACUAGCAUUUUUAUAUUUCAUUGGACGAUGUUGGAUUUCAUUGACGGGUCUAUAGCUGGCGUCACAUACAUGGAUAAUUUUGACUUUGAGCAACGCUAUAGAGAUGUUAAUGAAUGCAAUCCUCUUUACUGGCAUCCACUUCAUUUACCAGAUAAAUGCUUAGAAAUGUUUGAUAAAUUAAUACGCUCCAGGAUGGGUUCAUUUUCACCGUAUCGCAUUGUUGAAGAAAGACCGGAACUGUCAGAGUUUGAAUACUUAGACGAUCCAAAUCAUUACAUGAAGUACUCAGAACCAGUUUAUGAAAUAGAAACGAUGUCACCGAUUGAAAUCUUGUUCGAAUUAUUAAGAAAAGAUAUAAGUGAUAUUCCAAGUUCACCAAAUUUAGGAAUUUCGCUAGAUUUUGGAAUGAUGGCCUUGUAUAGACAACCUAUUUCGUAUAAAAGUGUUGCAAUGAUAAAAAAACUUGCUCGAGCUUAUAGCAAGCAACAUGACUAGUUAUGAAUUAUUUGAAAUAAGAAAUGAAGUCAAAGAGCUAUUAAAAAUACUAACAUAAAUAAUAUAAAUUUUCUCUUUAUAUUUAAGAAGAAAAAAAAUAGAAUAGUCAUUUUAAGAAAAUAA